GUACAGGUCAGUUUGAGAUUCAGAAACCAGAAUGUCCAGCACUGGUCCAGCAAACACAAACUCUUCAACAUUCGUCAUCCAGGUUCAACCAGCAACACAAGCAACACCUGGUACGAUGGUGACACAUGCUCCCGUGCCUCUUUGGGGAAUUCAGGAGUUUCUGAAAGGCCAACCGAAAGCCCUUGGGACGGUCCAGAUAAUGAUUGGUCUGCUGACACUCCUGAUUGGCAUUGUGUCUGCAUUUAAUGAAAUUUCCGCCUUUGUCAUUAGUGGUGUUCCUUACUGGGGAUCUAUCAUGUACAUUACCUCAGGAGCACUCUGCAUUGCUGCAGAAAAUCAAAUAAAUUCACCCUCCAGUUUGUGUUUGGUGAAUGCUUCACUUGGAAUGAACAUUUUUAGUACUAUAACAGCAGGCAUCUCCAUUAUUUUUAUUUCACUGGAUUUGGUUAUAAGGCCAUACCCUUACUGUACCACAUACUGUUAUGUAUUUGGAAUGUAUCAGACUCUCUUCAUUGGAAUCAGGGUGGUGCUGCUGUUAUUCGCCGUGCUUGAGUUUAUCAUCUCCAUCUGUCUUUCAGCAUUUGCUUGUAAAACCUGCUGUUGUCCUUCUCAGCAAUAA